AUGGGUGAUCUUUCCCCUGGCCAGGUGGUCUGUUUAUCUGAUGGCCGAAACGCAAUCAUCCGCUUCAUCGGCAGUACCAGUUUUGCUCCCGGAGAUUGGAUUGGCGUGGAGCUAGGUGAGCCAACGGAGCACCACCCCCAGCCCUUCGCCGGCUCCAAGGCCUGGAGCUCCAGGUCGAUCUCUCAGGUCCCCGACAAAAUCGCCCACAAAACAGUUGUCAACCACUUCCCGAACAUCCACUAUUGGGCCGGGCCCUCCCGCCACUGCUUCGAAACCCCGACAGAGUUUAAGCGGCCGAGCCCAACGAGCGAGUUGGGUGAGGAAACUGGGGAUACCGAAUCCUCCAACACACACUCAGAGUCAAGUAAACCUACAUCCGCUCCUCGAGUCUCCCUUGCUGUACCACAACGAUCGGUGUCGGGAACCAAUCCUGUACUUAAAGAAGUGGAAGAUCUGAAAACGAAGUUAAGGGUAAUGGAGAAAAAACGAGUAGAAGAUAGGGAGAAAUUGAAAUCGUUGGAGAUAUUACGAUCCGAAAGGGAUAAAUUCGAGGUGAUCAUCCAAAAGUUACAAACGAAGUAUCAGCCGCAACAGCAGGAGAUUACCCAGCUUCGAAAACAGCUAAAGGAUGCCAUGGCAAGAGUCGAGGAAGCGGAACGUCUUCAGGCUGAACAUGAAUCAAUUGUCGAAAUGGCAACCCUUGAUAGGGAAAUGGCAGAGGAGAUGUGUGAGGCCAUCAAGGCCGAGUUUGAAGCCCUAAAGGAGAAAUCGGAGGAGCUAGAACUAGAAGUUGAAGUGUUGAGGGAAGAGAAUCAGGAACUAGGCCAAGUGAUGAGCCCUGAAGAAAAGUCGAGUCAAGGCUGGCUCCAGAUGGAACGAACAAACGAGAGGCUUCGUGAGGCCCUCAUUCGUCUUCGCGAUAUGACGCAACAGCAAGAGACUGACUUACGGAAUCAGAUCAAAGAAUUGGAAGGGGAGUUGGAGGAUUUUGCUGCUAUUAAGGCUAAUUAUGAGAUAGCAAAGGAACAACUUCUUAUUACUGAAGCAAAUAUGGAGGAUCUCAAACAACAAGUUGAAGCUCUCGGCGCUGAGGACAUGAUUGAAGAGCUGGCCGAGAAAAAUAUGCAGUAUCAGGAGCAAGUGAAUGAGUUGAAAGCUGUGAUUGAAGACCUUGAGAGCCUCAAGGAAAUAAAUGACGAACUGGAAAUUAAUCAUAUGGAGACGGAAAAGCAAUUACAAGAGGAAAUGGAUUUCAGGGAGACUGUCUAUCUUGAACAGGCACGAAGAAUGGCUCAACAGGAUGAGGUAAUUGAGGAUCUAGAGUAUACCUUGUCCAAAUUCCGAGAGCUUGUCUCAAAUUUACAGAGUGACCUCGAGGACAUGCGAGUCUCACAGCAGCUCACAGAAACGGAGUCAACUGAGCUCACCGCACGUUCGAGGGCGAUGAUGGAUCUAAACAUGAAAUUACAAGCAUCUGUUUCGAAAGCUCAAACGAAAACAAUAGAAGUGGAGCUAGGUCGUAUGGCAGCAGAGGAAUCGGCACAGCAUUUGGAGAUUAUGAAACUUUACCUGCCUGAAUAUUUCGAGAGCGAACGAAAUCCAAUUCUUGCUCUGUUACGUUUUAAAAGAGUUAGCUUCAAAGCAUCCCUUAUGGCUACCACUGUACGGGAACGGAUAUCCGAUCCCACGUCUCCAUCCGCAGGACAAGACGUGUUUACAGCAUAUGAAGUUCUCGAGAAGUUAACAUGGAUAGCCUCUCUUUGCGACAGAUUUAUCAAUUUCAUUAAUGGCUGCUCCACCGAAGAAUUCUCUGCUUUUGAAGGUGCUGUGUACGAACUUGAACCAGUGGAACGCAUUCUCAAUUCCCGGAUUGAAGGACUGAAGAAAAAUGAGCUUGAUGAAAAGAAAUGUGCGAUUGAGCUCCAGCGAUCGAUCGCGCUACUUUCACAUUUAGCUGAAGCCCUCAUUCUACCUAAUCUGGAGUCGCAUGCUGAUAGAAUUUACAUGCGUUCAGUAAUGACACAGACUUAUCUGGACUAUGCUGCUCUAUCAUUUUCCCAACUAAGAUCGACAUUACAGGCUAGGCUACCACCUCCAAGUGAUGAUGACGAGGAAGGGCUGUUACUAUAUCAAAAAAUCGAUGCGCUGGGCAACCAAACCCGGACCGGAAAAAUAAUUGCUGGAAAAAUUACCCGGUAUUUGGAUGACUUGAAAUCAAGGUGCCUUGCAUUGACUGAAGACUGCGCGGAUCCUUUUGAGAAAUGCGAGGGGGCAGCUAAAGAACUCUCGGAACUUGCCAGACAGCUCGGGGAAAACAUAGCGUUACUGACGGAGGAGGAAGGGCGAACAGAGCCAGUCACAUAUGCCGACAUUACUUCCAAUAUGUCACAGACUGUCAUGUCUCUUCUACAACCGUCCUCUGUUGUGGCUGAAUCGGAUGAUAACAACGCUCUGUCCAUAACUGCCAAUAAACUUCGCAUUUUGGGAUCUUAUCUUGAAGAGGCUUCUAAUGCUUCUUCUGAUCUGACCCAGACUGUUGAGUUUGAACGCCAUCCGGCCCCUUGGACCAUACGAGCGAAUGAACUUAAGUCGAACAAAGUGAUUUCUCCAGAUGCAGAUGAAGAGAUUCGACGUUUAAAGAACGAAAUUCAUGAGACAUCUACUGCACUCGGCGUCAAAGACAAAGCCUUCGAGGAGCAAACAAUCAAAAUCGAGCUCCUUGAAUCGAGAAUGCGUGACGCUGGGAAGAAAGCAGCCUUAGUUAAGGAGCUUGGGUCUAAAUUUGAAGCAUUGCAAGAGAAGGAACAGGAAUUAAUAGGCAUUGUAGAGAAACAAUCAGCCGACCUACAAAACAUGGAGCGUGAACGAGAUGAUUAUAGAGCUCGACUAGAAAAAUUGAAGCGAGCAUCAGGAUCCACUGGCGUCGUUCUUGGUGCAGAUGGCGUCAUGUCUAUAGACGCAGCUGCAUCUUCCGCCGUGAUGAAAGAAAAUGAAGCAUUGCGUGCAGAGGUAGCUAACUUGCAAUCCGCAGUACGCUUUCUCCGCGAAGACAAUCGUCGUGCGAACUUUAUGGACCCCUAUUCUGUGCAACGUACAAACUACCUGCGCUCUUGGUUGGAUACUCCCCUUGUUCGGCCCAAGAUCGCACCCGAAGACAAGCGAGCGGAAUAUAAUGCUGCUUCUGAAUGCAGGGAUGUUCUCACGCAUUUACUGAAGCUCACGAAAGAAUCCAAAUUCGUGGAUCUCAAGUCCACUCUUCCCCCAGAUGCAGCAAGCCGCCUGUCGUGGCGGCCAAUUAAAUCCACAACCAGGUACCAAGUUCUACGGCAAAGGGAAGAGUACGAGCAAUGGGCACAAUGGAAAGACGAUGUCGCGCGGCGUGAGCGCUUAAGGGCGCGGAAAGAGCAUAAGAGCAUCAAGAAAAACUCGUAUCACCUGGAUACGGCAGGGAUUUUUGCCGAAAUUUCACUGGCCAAGGUCUCCGGCCCCCGUGAGGCGAUGGAGUUAAACGACGCUGGAGGCCAGAUCCUUCCUACCAAAGGCAGAGGAGUCAUGGAUCGUGCAUGGAAAAUCCUGGGGAUGCAGGGAGAUGACGAUUCUCAUGAUGAGUCUGAAUAUGGUGAGCCUGGUGAGAUGGACUUCCAGAAGAGAUGA